AUGUACCCGCGCUGCCACAUCUUCCAGACCCACAAUGAGCAGCACCAGAGCGCUAAGGAGGCGCUGGGCGCCGCCGGGUCUGCCCAUCUGGCGAAGGGCAGUGUCUCCACGCCAAGAGUGGAGACGCUGCAGGGACUCGGCUAAUGGGUGGCCGCCCACAUCCAGUGGGCCCGAGGGCUCCAGCAGCGCCACGCCGUCCUCCGUUGGCAGUUGGACGCCUUCCAGCGCCUGGGUGAGCUGGCGGGUCCGGAGGAUGCCCUGGUGGGUCAAGCCCAGAGCAACCGCCAGCGUACCCGGGACCUGGUGGCAGAGCAAGCCGGGCUGGAGCGCCAGGGCACGGAGGCGCAGCGCGUGCCCGACGAGUUCCAGAGCAAGUAUGAAAAUGUGUGUCAGCUGCUGCUGAAAGAAAUGCUUGAAUGGCUUAACAAGGAAGCAGAUGAAGCCUUACCUGGGAACUUUCGGUUGAAACUGGAAGCUCAGUUUCUGCGGGAUGAUAUCAGUGCAGCAAAAGAUAGGCACAAAAAGAAUCUUAUGGAAGUUCAGAACUAUGUCAACAUCCUGCAUCAGAUUGUCCAGACCACCCCUCAAGCAUUCUCAAGUGGGGUGAGGGAGGAGAACCUCCUGACAGAAUGGGAAGCAGCUGCCCCACAGAGUCAGCUGGAGCAGAGACAAGAAGUGCUCUCUGACUUGCAGGCACAGAGAGCCGAGUUGCAGGCCCAGACAGCAACUCUGGAACAAACUGUUAAAGAUGCUCAUGAGCGCUGUGAUGAAGAGCUGCAGCUCUGCAAGGAACAGAUCGAAUCCCUGUGGAAGGAGAUUAAAGAGACAGAGAGGGUCCUGGAGGAAGCUUCCUGUGACUGCCGGGAGCUGGUGGUCGACCGGCACACUCUGAAAAAUGAGCUGGACCAAUAUCAUCAGAUCACUGUGAAUGAAGGCAACAGGCUGAGCUCUGCUUUCACUGAAACUCCCCUCACCCUGUUCACCCCAAGCCAUGGAGCCUCUCUUUGCCCUCAACCUAUGAGGAAAGACCUCACCAGGGCUGUGCAGGAUAUAACAACAGCAAAAUCAAGAUAAAAAGGCCUUCCCGAGAACUUUCCAAGGAGAAAGGAGAUCAUUGCUAAAGGCAAACCAGAAGAAAGUUGGGAAAAUGCACCGCUAAAAGGCCUAGGAGAGGCACAGCUGGUGCAGGUGGUACUUAAAGAAGGUGAAUCUAAUCUUGAAUCAGGGCAUGAAGAAGCAAGUCUCCCCUGCCCAGAAGGGGCUCUAGAGGACAUGCCAGAUGGAGAACAGGUAAGUAAAGCCUUCAGGACACUAUGCAAGAUGGUGGAACAGAGAGUGAGAAGUCCCAAAGAACUGGACCCCCCAACUAAUCUCUAUAAUAAUGGGUGGUGCGUGCAUGUCUCUGGAGAUGUCAGUUAUGUGGACCCUGGAUUCUGCUCCCCACUCCUCCUGGGCAGAGGUGGAGUGGUUAUUUCCAUCGAGGAUGACUCUGUGCAUCCUGGCAGCCAUGUGGUGCCCUCCCCUGAGCAGCCCCAGCUGCCUUUGAAGAAUGAGCAGGAUGGAUCCGAGGGGCAUGGGGCUGGGAGCUACAGCUUGCUGGAGGGAAGCCCUCCUAGCACUUUGGUCUAUGGGAAGGUGGAAAUAGUAGAAUCCAUUGAGAAGCUUUCAGUGGAGAGCAUUAGGACAUACAAAGAAACUGUGAUAGUUGUAGAGACCACAAUUGGAAAGUCAGAGGCAAAAAAGAAAAAAUUGGGAGAGAAGAGCUCUUAA